AUGGCGGCAUCCCUGGACUUGUUCGAGCCCCUCACACCCGCUGAAGUAGACCUUGUGCUUCAGCUGAAGGAGGCUAUGGCGUCUACGGUGGAGGAGGGCGGCGUCAGCCACACGCCCUGGCACGGCGCCCACCCGCCCUGCAAUGACCUGCCCUCGCGACGCGGCCGCAGGCAGUGGAGCCUGCCCAAGGCCACCAAGAUGCUGCAGGCAACGCUUCAGUGGCGCCUCGAGACGCAGCCCCACGCUAUCACGUGGGCCCAGGUCGAGGUGGAGGCGGGGUCGGGCAAGAACUUUGUGUCGCCGCACCCUGACAGGGACGGCCGCCCCGUCGUCACCAUGAGACCCAGGAACCAGAACACCGGGGACGAGAAGGCCCAGGUGCAGUUUCUGACCUACUGCCUGGAGCACGCCUCGCGGCUCGCAGACGCGCAGCGCGUGGGCAAGAUGACGUGGCUGAUUGACUUUGUGGGCUACUCCAUGAGGAACGCCCCCAGCGUGCGCACCAGCGUGGAGGUGCUGCACGUGCUGCAGAACCACUACCCUGAGCGCCUGGGCUGCGCCGUGUGCUACUGCGCCCCCAGCCUCUUCUCCCUGACCUGGAGGGCUGUGUCCCCGUUCAUCGACCCCGUCACCAAGAAGAAGGUCGCCUUUGUGGAGAAGGCCAAGGCCGGCCCCAACCCCUCAAAGGCCGCCGCCACGCCCGCCUCUGACGCGGCCGACGCCGACGUGAUCGUCGACGGCGGCGGCGACGGGGCGGCGGUCGGCGGGCUGGAGGCGCGGUUCCGGCUCGAGCACAUUGAGGAGUGCAUGGGGGGCUGCCUGAAGGGGUCGCUUUUCGACCUGGCAAAGUACAGGGCGCGCAUGAUGGCGGAGGAUGCCCAGGUGGCGGCCGCCAUUGCGGCCAUCUCCAUGGGCAAGAGCGGCGGCGGCGGCGGCGCGGUGCUGGGUGUGGAGUCGCUGUCAUCCUCCAUGUCUGAGCUCAGCACCGGCCCCGCCGGCGCACUCGCAAACUGA